AUGGAUGAUCUCACACGCUCAGAAGCGUCGGCUAGUUUCGGCCUUUCGAUAGCUACUCCCAUUGACCAUCCCAAUGAUCUGAAUGACAGCAGUACAACAUCUGUGCCAGCUUGGUCGGUGCCCAUCCACAACUUCGGACGUGGCGUGCAGCACGCGGUCAAGCCCUUCUGGCUGUUCAUCAUUGUGGCGGUAGUGCUGGUUCUCAUCUUUACGGGCAAGCUUACAAUGCCUGCGGGGAUAUUCAAGGAAACCGAGGACGCUCCGUGA